AGGUAAACAAAUUUUGUAAACAUAUCUGUUUGUGAACACUAGUGAGCGAUACUCAUACGUUCCACUGUUACAUUGUGAAAUAUGGCUAGUCAAUUGACCCAGUCUAAAAAGAGAGCGCUCGAUGAUAUGGACACUAACACCAUUAACACCAGUACUAGUGAUGAAGAAAUUUCAAAGGAAUGUGAAAAUUUUCAGAUGAGAGAUGUCAUGCACGGUAUAACUAAUAUACAAAAUACUCUUGCAAACCUUCUACUAAGGAUUGAUGGACAAGGUCGCCAUCUAGACGAAGUUACCAAGGACAUUAGAGGAAAACAUGGCAUUCAGGAGAGAUUAGAAAACGUACAAGAACAGGCGAACGAUACGAUAUAUAUAACCACUGAACUGCAGGAAAAACAGAAGAAGAUGGAAAGAGAACUUAGCCGAAUGAAAGAUUACAUAGUUCGACUGGAGUAUUGUGUAAAGACUCAAAGUGAACAGAUUCUAGAGCUAAGAUCUAGAGCAAUUGAAGACAAUAUCAUUGUGAGUGGAGUAGACGAAAAGGCGCCCGAAAUAAAAAAUCCUGAAAACCUUGUGAAGAUCAUAAGUAACGUGUUUGCAGUGGAGAUGGAGAUACCGGCAGAGACUGUUGAUAGCCUACAGAUAUAUAAAGUGUUCCGAAUGGGGGAAUACGACAAACAUAGGAAAUAUCCUCGGCCAGUCUGUGUCCAGUUUGUAAAUAAAUCACACAAGGACAUUGUGAUGAGACACAUUAAAGUUCUCAAGGAUAAGAAGUCCCCAAUAAGAGUGUCUCAACACCAACCUGAAGAAGUCCGUGAAAAAAGGAAGCAUUUAUAUGAUGUCCAAAAGAAAUAUGCGGACCGUAACAUAGAAACGGUGAUAAAAGGUCAGAAGCUCAUCUUCACGCAGAGCAAGACGGUGUACAGGGAAAAAAUUGGUAGCAGACCAAUGGCCGAUGAGAUCAUCAGUGGAGAAGAGGUAAAGAUCGCGAUCAGUACGGGGAAGACAACAGAAGACAAUGGAAACCGGUUUGCUGCCCACGCAACGCCAGUAGAUUCCUAUAAACAGGUGAGACGAUCGCUUGUGGAAGUUAUGCGGACAGAUAACACUACCAGUGCAAAUCAUAACAUUUAUGCGUUUCGGUUCACCAGUAACGACGGCACGAUACACGAGGGAUCGGAAGAUGACGGCGAGCACGGAGCCGGGAGAAUGCUACUAAAGACACUGGCUGAUAAUGACAUAAAUAACGCACUAGUGGUCGUUUCGCGGUGGUGUGGUAGUAAGAUCGGUCCUAGACGCUUCACGCAUAUCACAGAGGUUGGGAUGAGUGCAGCGAGAAAUAUGCCGGUUCCCGUCUGACGCUUCAAAAUGUAAAUUAUGAAAAGUCACUAGCUAAAAAUACAAACUUACAGUAAAUCACUUUUUCAAUUAGUUAGUAUUUGUGUACUUUCAUCGAAUUUGACUAUUACGGUAAUUCUGCAUAAACUAAAAUAUUUAUUCUAGUGGUUUAGUGGUUUUCGAUAUGACUAUAUUCAUGCUGCACAUGAUAUGUGGAUAAAUUAUAAAUUAUGUUUAGGUUUUGAUACUUUCCGGAAUUUGCAAGUGUAUACGUCACUAUUUUUGUGUUUUUUCAAAGACUCAAUUUCCGGUAUAGAUAUCGUACAGCAUGGAUCGUGUAAACUUGUAAGUUUUUGAUCUAUUUCUAUUCUAUCACUCAACUCAGAGAGGAGUCUGUGUGCAUAAUUUCAAUUUUAAUACAGUGCAAAAUGCGACAUUUUGAUAUGGAUAAAUUUUUGUUGUAAUUACAUUUCAGAUAUAUUUCUUUAAUAGAAAAAAAAUAAACAUGGUAACUACAACAAAUUGUAAUUAGAAAAAAAGAACUGAAUAGGAAAGAAAUUGAGUAUAUAGAGUUCCUCUCAACUGAAAUUAAUUUUUCUAUAUUUUUAACAUUUUCAUUUCAAAUAUAAACUUAAAGUUAGGUUUUUUGGGUCUACUUUGCACAUUUUCAAAAUGACAGCAGGUGUGUCUGAG